AUGAAAAUCAUCAAAUAAUAAAUUUAUUUGUUGUUCAAAAUCAACAUUACUCUUUUAAUUUGGAUAGUUAUUACAUGUUGAAUUCUGCUUCACGUGUUAACAGUUCAUUGGAAAUUCCCAAUUCUAUUAGAGCUCCUUUUAUACUGCGCAUGAUGGAACGCUUACUAACUGUAAAAACACUUAGUAAAUUAAGGAGCCUAUAUGACAAGCUAUCACAUCGUUUAAGCUCUGCGGAUUUUAUUGCAAAUUUUACUGCAAUUAUAGAUAAAGUUCCGCGUGUACAACUAGUGAGAAUGGAAGAUUGGGCUUCGGAAAAGUAUUGUCCUCUCAUUAAAAUAAAACGAUAUUAUAAUGAAUCUAUCGGUCAAGCAUGGGUACAAUAUAGAGACACAUUAAAAAUUCGCUACAUUCCUGUAUCUUAUACUACGGAAAUAUCUCCCGAUUUUGACAAUUUCACUAUGCAUUUUUUACUCGUGUCAGAGCAUUUCUUAUUUCCAUUUGAAAAGGAUGGUUGGGUGAUAUUCAAUAUACAACAAGUUGGAUAUUAUCGCGUUAACUAUGAUGAUGAGAAUUGGCGAAGAAUUUUAAUUUAUCUAAACUCUGAUAAUUACAUGAAAAUUCAUGUUCUUAAUCGUGCCCAAAUUAUCAAUGAUGCAUUUUAUUUAAUGAUAGAAGGCCAACUUAACUGUCAUAUAUUCUGGGAUCUCAUAGAGUAUUUGCAUCGAGAAGAAGAUUACGUGGCAUGGUAUCCUAUGUUUAAAGCUAUGGAAUACAUGUAUGGUACUUUUCCAUGGAAAGAAAUGGUUGGAAAUGUUACGUUUAGAAUAAAGCACGCAUUAUACAAGGUACUCGAAAAAUCAAAUAUGAAGAAAUUGAUGAUACAGACGAACUUAGAAUAUGUUUACGACAAGAAGCUGCAAGAUGGACAUGUCUUCUCGGUGACUACGUUUGUAUGAGAGAAGCGAAAAAUAAAUUAGUACAUCAUCUCCAAGAUCAUACAAAACACAAACUUUUGCCAUGGUGGCAGGAAUGGACAUAUUGUAACGGUUUGAUGAUGACUAAUAACAAAACGAUUUGGCAAUUAGUGUAUGAUAUAGGAUAUGAAAAAUUUAAUUCUAAAUUUAUACAAUAUUUGGCUUGCCCUGAUAAUGCUUAUAUGAUUAGAGACUAUUUACGAUUUAAAUCUAUUACAGAACGAGAAAAUCAAUAUGUUCUUACAUACAAUCUCUUACAUAUUAUUACGAGGCAUGCUAAGGAUCAAAAUACACUGUUUUUCAUAUUAGAUGAUCUUUUGCACGUAAAACCAAAACAUGUUGAUAUCACUGCAGCAAUAAUUAUUAUUAUUAAUAACGUAUAUUCCGUAAGUCGAACUCAGCAAAUAAGCAGAUUCAUUCAAGAUUUAUUGAAAGACAAUGCAUACAUAAUUGUUGAUAUGGAAGCAAAGGAUGUCAUAAAGCAGAAUUUCAACAAAAUUAAAAGCAAGAUAUCAAUUCGCAACAGUCAAAUCAAAAGACAAAGACAGUAUUUUGAUAGUAUUUUUUAUUAUUAAUAGAAAAUACUACAAAGUAAAAAAAUUGCAGCUUUGCAUUGUGUGCGUGGAUAUACUUCAUACUAAUACUUUUCUUUCUUAAUUAAA